AACAAACUCACAGGCUUCUUCUCAUUUGGGCACGCCCCCCCGAACCCGAUUAGUGCUACACUACAAGACAGGCAGAACUGGAGCGCGCGAUGGUUCUAGUACGAGUAGAUGCUCGGACGGGGUACGUGACACUGACGGGAGAUGCUCCAGGUCCCAAGCACUCGCAGUGUAGACCGGCGGUGCCGCGCCAUUGCGAACGCGUCGCUAGCGUGGAGGCCGCCGCGCAGCAUUGCCAGACAUGUGGAGUCGGGCGCUCCCGCCCCGGCCGCCAGCAGCGGGCCUGCUGAUGCGCCGCUCCUACCUGGCGCCGACGAGCUGUUCGACAUCCUGAUCGACGACGCCGGCGUGAUCACUGGGAUUGUGCCCGCGCGCGGCGGCAGCGGCGAUUGCGGCGGCGAUGCCUGGGGCGAGGUGCUCGACGCCGAGGGGUCGCUCGUGCUCCCCGGCUUCGUGGACGGGCACGUCCACCUGGACAAGGCGCUGCUCAACGCGCGGUGCUGCGCAGAGACGGGGACGUUCCCCGAGGCGUUGGCGCAAACGCUGGCGGCGAAGCGCGGGUUCACCGUCGCCGACAUCGGGCGGCGCGCGCGGCGCGUGAUCGAGAGCGCGGUCGCCUUUGGCACGACGCGCAUGCGCUCCCACGCCGAGGUGGACCCCGAGGUGGGGCUCCGCGCGGUGGAGGCGCUGCUCGACCUGAAGCGCGAGUUUGCCUGGGCGCUGGACCUGCAGGUUGCCGCCUUCGCGCAGGAAGGCGUGCGGGAUGGCGGCGCCCUGCUGCGCGAGGCGCUAAGGCUGGGGUGCGACUGCGUGGGGUCGGCGCCCUACUGCGACCCGGACCCAGCGGGCAACAUCCGGCUCGUGUUCGCCCUGGCCGCCGAAUUCGGCGUGGGCGGCGUGGACUUCCACCUCGACUACCACCUCGGCGACGAGAAGGAGUCCCACCUCGACUGCGUGCUGGCCGAGCUGGGCAGGGCGCGCUCGUCGCCGCCGCGCGUGUGCCUCGGGCACUGCACGGCGCUGUCCAGCCAGCCGCCCGCCGCCCUGGCCGUGACGGCGCAGCGGCUGCGGCAGGCCGGCUGCGCAGGCGGGGUGUCGGUGCUGGCGCUGCCCGCGAGCGACGUGUACAUGAUGGCGCGCGGCGACGCGCAGGACCGGCGGCGCGGCGUGGCGCCCGUGGACCAGCUGGCGAAGCUGGGCGUGCGCGCGGCCUUCGCGACCAACAACGUGCAGAACCUCUUCACAUUCACGGGGGACGGCGACAUGCUCAAGGUGGCCACGCUCACUGCGCAGAUGCUGCAACUGGGAGCGCGGGCCGAGCACGCCGCGCUGCUGCGCAUGGCCACCGCCGGCGCCGCCGAGGUCAUCGAGCUGGCCGGCGCCGGCGGGGCCGGGCACGACCUGGCCGCAGGCUGCUCCGCGGACCUGGUUCUGCUGCGCGGGGCCAAGACCGCCACCGACGCCAUCGCGGCGCCGCCUGUGCGCCGCGUGGUGCUCAAGCGGGGGCGCAUCGUCGCGGAGACGCAGGCGACCGUCGAGCUCUUCCCGCCGGCCUGAGCUGCGGCCCCGCGUGGCCGUGGCCCAGAGUGACCCCAGCUCUUCCGGGGAGGCCCAGGGGCGCCUGCGGAGCACCCAUGGCGCGAACAGCUGGGGGCACUCUGGGCACUGCCGCUCGGGAAGGGCGCUUCCCCUCGCGAUCCGGCUAACGCCAGAUCCGUGGCCUGGGCGCGCGGAGAGGCGCUCGGGCGCUGGGCGUAAGGCGCUCGGGCGCUGGGCGUAUGUCUGGCCGUGCGUAUCGGAGAUCUCGCUAGAGCGGGGAGGCCGGGGAGCGGCUGAGGGGACAGGGGUACCUCAGGCACAGUUCUCGUCCUCGUCCUUCUCCUCCUCCUCCUCCUCCUCCAC